CGACCCUCACAUCUCCAUCACCUCCUCUUCAUCUCCAAUCCUCAGUCACCUGCACCAUCUAAAAUGGCAUCAACAAUGGCUCUCUCCUCCCCUUCUCUCGCCGGGAAGGCGGUGAAGCUCACCCCUUCUCCGAGCUCAUGGCAACGGCAAGUCUCAAUGCGCAAGACCGCCAAGCCCGUGCCCUCUGGAAGCCCUGUACGCCCGGACCGCGUCAAGUACCUCGGCCCGUUCUCCGGCGAGCCCCCAUCCUACCUCACCGGUGAAUUCCCCGGUGACUACGGGUGGGACACCGCCGGCCUCUCGGCUGACCCCGAGACCUUCGCCAAGAACCGUGAGCUCGAAGUCAUCCACUGCAGGUGGGCCAUGCUCGGCGCUCUCGGGUGUGUCUUCCCCGAGCUCCUCUCCCGCAACGGCGUCAAGUUCGGCGAGGCCGUCUGGUUCAAGGCCGGUGCACAAAUCUUCAGCGAGGGCGGCCUGGACUACUUGGGCAACCCAAGCCUUGUUCAUGCGCAGAGCAUUCUGGCGAUCUGGGCUACUCAGGUUGUGCUCAUGGGAGCUGUUGAGGGUUACAGAAUCGCCGGUGGGCCCCUUGGGGAGGUGACCGACCCUCUGUACCCCGGUGGCAGCUUCGACCCAUUGGGCCUCGCCGAUGAUCCCGAGGCGUUCGCCGAGCUUAAGGUGAAGGAGAUCAAGAAUGGGAGAUUGGCGAUGUUCUCGAUGUUCGGAUUCUUUGUGCAGGCAAUUGUGACCGGAAAGGGGCCUCUGGAGAACUUGGCUGAUCACCUUGCUGAUCCCGUCAACAACAAUGCUUGGUCUUAUGCUACCAACUUUGUGCCCGGCAAGUGAGGAGGAGAUUGAUUUUCUUUCUCUGCAGCAACAAUUGAUCUGUUUCAAGAAUCUUGAGUGGGUUUUGGAUGUCUGAGGUUGUUGGUGAUGUAUAUUAGUCUUGUGCAAGCGAGAGAUUGCUUAUGCUUGCAAUUAUAUUAUGAUUCAUUUGGUCUGGUUUACGUUCA